AAAAAAACAAUGAAACCUAAAAAUUCAAAAAGUUUAAAAUGUAAAAGACUAAAACAUAUAUGAGGUUUGUUACCUUGAAAAAUUUACUAGAGCAGUUGGUGGAUAUAGGGAUGGAAACACAAUGCAAAAUGAUUAGUAGAUUGAUUUGUCUAGUGUUGAUGCUGCCGUUUCAACAGCUAAUACGAAUAGAACCUUUUCAACAACGAAACAUGUGAAAAUUGAUUUGCGCAACAAAAUAAGCGAUGGAUUUUUAGUCGGUUGCUCAAGUAUUUUAUUUGAAACAGUGUAUACUAUUGGUAUGGAUGUGGACUCCAUUAUUAAUGUAUUCGCUAAAUUAAAAUACCGUCAUGUACAGUUUACUUUGUAAAAAAAUUAUAAUCAUUAUUUUUUUUACUAUUCUAAUUUUCUAAUAAAAUGCGGUCCAGUUCACUUUUGUGUUCUGGAUCCGCCGGUGAUAGUACUCCUUUAAACGCACAGUUUUGUAUAGUUGUAGUUAGUAAAUAGAAUAGCUGUACAGAUAAGACACUUGUCAUUCUUCUACAGGGUAAAGCAGUUAGAGGUUGUUGUCUUGUAGCUAUUCUUUCUUCUGUGUAUAUAUCAGCAGCGGAGCUGCCGCUGCCAAUGGAAUGCAGACAGAAUUUCACCAAAUCAUUCAUCUCUUUUCAAUCUUUCACAAUCUUGAUCUCCUCUCCCUCUUCCCUCUCAAACAAACAAUUUACCCUUCCAAUUCUCAUUCUCAUUUCCCACCGGAAAGUAAGCAGAAAAUGAAGACCACGGUGAAGGAAUGCUGCAUAGUCCGACCAGCGGAAGACACACCCAAGCAGCGGCUCUGGCUCUCCAACCUGGACCAGUUGUUCGUGAACUUCCCUCACGUCUCCCUGUUGCACCCUUACAAGCCCGACGGUUCCCACAAUUUCUUCUCCACAAGAGUGAUGAAGCAGUCCCUGGCCAAAACCCUCGUCGCCUUCUUCCCGGUCGCCGGGAGAUUGGCCCAAGAUGAAACCGGCAGAUUCGAAAUCGAUUGCAGUGGUCAAGGCGUCCUUUUUGCAGAAUCUGAAAUUGACGCGUCCAUGUCUGAACUCGGCGACUUCUCCUCGCCUCAGCUGUUGAGGCAAUUCUUCCCUGAAAUUGACUAUUCCAGAGGCGUUUCCUCCCUUCCCCUGCUUCUCAUACAGGUGACAAGAUUCCGAUGCGGCGGAGUAUGUCUAGGGAUUGGGCUUCAACACGUCUUAUGCGACGGUGAAGGGCUCUCUAAUUUCAUGACAGCAUGGUCCAAUCAAGCUCGCGAUCUCCCCAUUACCAGUCCACCUCUCCUAGAUCGUACCUUUCUCAGAUCUACAUCAUCUCAACCCCUGUUUCAGCACCCAGAGUAUCAAGAAUCCACCACCGAUUCAACCCCAACUGCUAUUACUUCCACCGAGAUCCACAGCAUACCCAACAGCCAAAUCAAGCACCUCAGGGACAUGACCCACAAUCGGUACAGCAGCUACGAGGUCCUGGCGGCGCACAUCUGGCGUUGCGCGACCACCGCCCGGAGAUUCGCCGACCAGAACCAGCCCACCACUCUCCACGUCAGCGUCGACGGCCGGAACAGAUUCGAUCCGCCGCUGCCGCGUGCCUACUUUGGCAACUGCGUGUUCCACGCCAUGGCGGUGGCUUCGCCGGCGGAAUUGUUGUUGGAGUCGCUGGAGGGAACGGCCGAGAGAAUCAGGAGGGCGAUACGGAGGAUCGAUGGGUUGUACGUGAGAUCGGCCAUUGACUGCUUGGAGCGGCCCGGGGAUGGGACGACGAGGGUCCAGAUUCCGGGGACGGCUGGGUCGGCCCAUCUCAAGGUGAUCACUUGGGCCCGACUAUCGUUCCAGAAGGAUUUUGGAUGGGGCAGGCCCAUUUUCACCCGGUCGAUAAAUCGGUCCGAUGGGAAGUGUCACAUACUGCCCAGAAGUGACGGUGACGACGAGAAUGUUCAAUUGUCUGUUUGCUUAGAGCCCGCUGCAAUGGAGAGGUUUAGAAUAUUGUUGACUAGUGUUGGUACAACUCUUAUUUCCAAAAUGUAAAAUAUAAAAAGUAUAAGUAUCAAACUGUAAUUUGCCAUUUGAAUUCAUGGAUCAAUCCAUGAAUCCACCAAUCCAAUUGGAUUUGGAUCAAAUGGAUUGGAUUUAAAUGGAUUGGAUUAGGUGGAUAUUUUUAAUGGGUUGGUGGAUUAGAUUGGUGGAUUGGAUUGAGAAUUGUCACCUCUAAAAAUAACCAAAAUUUAAAGAACAACUAAAGUAUCAAUUCAAAUCAUUGUAUGAAAUAUCUCUUAACAAAUCGUAAAUGAGCAUUAGUCUCAAGCCUACUAAUAAAAGUACAUAAGUGAAGGAGUUCAAUUGGAGGCUUCUGCAAUCAGCUUCAUUGCUGAUGAUGGCAUCUCGAGCAGCAGCUUUCUCCUGACAGGUGGUCCAAUUGCUCCUGCCUCCUUGCUGAAUUGAACUGGAUAUCGGCUCAAAUUAGCAAUAGGUUUAGAAUUUAUUGGUUAAUCGCUAUAAAAAAUCAUUUAGAAA